AUGUCGGUGUCAGCUGGAGCUCGGCGUUGGGUUUAUAGAGGUCGAGUUAGAGGCGGGGCGAGGAGACGUUUGACCAAGCUGCUCGCCGAUGUCAAGAAUCUGAAGACCAAACCUUCAGACAACGAGAUGCUGGAAGUGUACGCCCGUUUCAAGCAAGUCAUGGUGGGGGACAACGCGACCGACGCUCCAGGCAUGCUCGACUUUAAAGGAAAAGCCAAGUGGAAUGCGUGGAACGCCAAGAAAGGCAAAAGCAAGGACGAUGCCAUAGCAGCAUACAUUGCAUUUCGAUUUAAAGCGUUCGUGACUGCAGGGAUUCAUCUUCUUGGUUCU